AUCCAAACACCGCCUUAAUAAUUGACGAAAUCAGAAGCGUUUCCGAAACGUACUCGGUCUUGAAGUUUUCCGUUGCCGACGCCAGUGGUUGCCGUAACACCCAUCGACGCAUGUUGACUCCGCUGCGGGUGUCACUUCAGCUUUUCCUUAGUCUCUCGCAGACUGAGCUUUCUUCUCGUCAAGCGAGACUGUAAUAACCUCUACGCUAAAAUGUCGGCGUCCCCACUCAACGACUCCACUCUACCGUCGCGCAGCUCCAACAGUGGCGGCGACACUGUAAUUGCGCAGUAUCUAGCAACCAAAGUGAGCUGGUGGGCCACGUACCCACGAAUCCUCGUGGUCACGGCCUCCACGCUCAGCACGUACAAUCCUGAGACGUCCCAGUGCACCAACCAAUGGGAAAUUGCCGACAUCGAGGAUGUGGAGCAGUCUCCAACCAAGAACCACUUCGUACUCAGACUCGAGAAGUCGCUCUUCCGCACAGCUAAGCUAAAGUUCGUCUGCGCUGCACGAGGCCACCUGCUGUCGCUAUUGGCUCGCCUGCGUCGUCAAGCUCAAGGGAAGGCACUUCUGUAUCGACUUGUGAAUGCUCGUAGACUCCAUUUUCGCUGCGUUGAGAAAUACGCCGAUGGGUCGCACAAGCUGCUGUUCGUACAGGUGACAGUAUCCAGCAUCAUCUUCCUGGAUGAAUGCGGUCGUCGCGUGCACAUUUUGCCAUUCCUGUAUCUACACAUGGCAGCAUUCUCAACGGAGCAUCCCGAAGGUAUGGUGCUGUCCACGGUUUUCCAUGAUCGGUUCUUCCUUUGUCCUGAGAGACACGAGUGUCUGAAUGAGAUCGUGGCUGCGGCAAAUGAUGCGGGGGUGGAGCUGUACAAGACGUCGACGCAAAUCACGGCGCUUCAACUUCGGCUCCACAAUACGCAGGUGCUGGAUCGUGCGUCAGUCAUCCGAUUCGACGUCAAGAAGGCCAGGAAUAUCGAGAAUAACGGUGAUGCAGCGCCUGAAAGCGAUGGUAGUGACGGCGGCGAGAAGGCGUAUAAAGAGAUUCAACUCAUUCUGCAAGGGGAUGCGAUCGUGGAGAUGCAUCGCUCCAUGUGCACUGUCAUCGCGCGGCCGUACAGCGCCCUGCUGGCGAUUGUCCGCCCAGAUUGGGACCCACGAACGCUCGUGCUGGAGUUCAAGCAGGAAGACACACUGGUUCUUGAUCUAGAUGGUCGUGAUCACCUUGUUACCUUGUUAUUACUCGUGUGUCGUGAAGCAGGACGGCAGAAUGUCGUCCUUAUCUCGUCGGGGCUCAACUAUUGUCGAUUCUACCAUCCCCAUACUGCUGAUACCGCCAGUACUGACAGCAGCAUUGCUGGUAUGUCGAUGACAGUGUUCUUGCUGAGACGAAUUACGCAAACAAGCGUUCGCUCCGAAGAUAACAACUGUGGGAGAAGCCGAGGUAGUAGUAUUUGGUCCCCUCGCAGGCGGCGCAGCGGGAGUGCAUCGACACCAAGAGCUUCCCAUGACUCAGCUGGACCCGACUCUAGUGGGCGUGGAUGGUUCCAGCGGCGAAUCAAGGACAAGCGCACAGCAGAGCCUAUAUACGAAAUGCGCAACUCCAUCGACUCAGGUCUGUCCAUGAACGAGGGUGUGGGCAUUGUCAUUGCAAUGGAGGAACUUAAUGCCAAUCUUCCACUUGACGAACUCACGCGAAGUGGACCAGAGCAAGCUGAUCUCGUUAACAAGGCCAUGAAACUUGUGUUCGAACAUCUCGUAACGCUAGUAGCGACGCUGAGACGAUACUGGGACACAACUAGUUCGGAACUAGUCACCACUCUACAAGCUCUUGUGCGCUUGUAUUAUCAUCCGGCUGCAUGCUUCACAGAUGACUUGAUUUUUCAAGUGUUUGACACUGUGCACGAGCUCAUUCUACAGCAAGACAUCCUUACUUGCUACUGGUGCCUCAGGCUGCUGCAAUGCUUCCUGGGUGCUCGAACUCCAAACACUGAUCCAGGUUCCAAUGCAGCUGGAGACCAGCGGGCUAAGACGGUUCAGCAUUUUAUUCACCACGAGACACUUCAGCAUGCCAUUGUCGAUCUCAUCCCUGCCUCAUUUGCCGCGUCAAAUGACUCAUCGUUAAUGGCAACCUCGUCCAGUGUCGGAACAGCGUUCUGGAAGGUAGAUCCAGAAGUUGCGCGUGACCCACCAACAAGCCUCUCGUCGAAUCAGUCCUCUGUUUUGUUUGCAAAGGAGGCUCGAGUCCAGAACGAGAUCAAUGUGGUAUUCUACGAAACGUUGCUCACACUGCAUCACUUGUCAUUGUGCCUACGAAGCGCAGCGAAAGAGCAAAGAGCAGCACGAAAUCGUCAGAAUUACAUUGCGGCGAUUAACCAACAAAUGCACGAAGAGCACAAUGUCCCAGCCGAGAAGCAGACGGACGUUCUUGCAGGUAAGCUACUGGAAAAGUACCGGUUCCUGAUAGAUUCUGUUAUCGACGUCCGCCUUGUACGCAUGGUCGAGACAUCGGUGGCGCUUGUGAAGUUUGUACUGAGCCACUUUGCGACCAAAGCCACAGCGAAUCAGCUUCAACGAACACCAAGCGACAACCAGCUCUCUCAUACUAGUGACGGGGAUUUAAAUAAGUGGCUGGAUGCCCUUGGUUCAUUCCUUGAUGACUAUCAAAUGAUAGCUGAGGGCAGGAUGGAAACUCCGUCGCUGUUGUUUGGUAGCGAGAGAACGAUUGAGAUGCCAGUGGAGCCUUUUAGCAAUGGAACUAGCGAGUCCACAAACGCAGCAAUGAACAGGCUGCUCAACCCAGGCACUACGAAUCGUCUCGGAACGAUUAUGUCGAAGGGAUCCAUGAGACUUGAGUAUCUUGAUCCAAGCGAGCCACCGACUUCAAUUCGUGGUGAUGACUUCAUAGUGUCCUUGGAGUUAGAAUCCUCCACGAAAAAUGGCGGCAGGAACCCAUCGAAGCAGCAAACCAAGCACGAUACUUACGACAGCCUUGCUUCAGGCAAUAACAGCCAGAUGCAUCAACUAUCUCAGCCGGAGACAAGCCCCAUAAGGUCUAUCUGUAGUGCUGUCGAAGCGAAUCCUUUCAAAGACGACAAUGAAGAUGACACGGCCGGUCUAUUAAGGAACAGUGAUCACGUAUCCACAGCUGCUCGAUCUCCGCGGGCCACACGCAAACCCUUCCAGGCGUCAGUUGGAGCACGACGGACAGCAAAUGAGUGCGAUGCAUGUAUUGGAUGCAACGAUGUGUGCGCGAAUGAGCGUUGCUUCUUCUGCGCCGAGAAAGAAUACCAACUUAUAGUUGCCUUCGCUGGGUCUUCAAAGUCGACUCGGCCAACAAUGCGUCAAACAGCAUGGCACCAUCGCGCGCCGUCAUCAGCCGACAGCUCUUCCAAUAUUGAACGAGAGUUUUCAUCGUGCGAGAUGAAGCGGCACCAAAGCCAGCACUCGUGCUGGAUCCGCGUCGGCGACAGUGUCUUCGACGUGACGGAAUUGCUCAGUGUACAUCCUGGCGGGGCACAAGUACUUCAGGAAGCUUCCCAGCACGGAGGAGAUUGCAAUUCGAUCCUGAAAACUCAUCCACCUACAGCACGGGAAAUGAUGAUGCAGUAUCGUCUAGGACGAUACUACGAGUGCAGCAAGUAGGGAUCGCAGGGUAAAUAUAAUAAUAUUGCAAUUCAAUAAAUUAUUGGGUCU